UCAGAACACCGACUUAGCAAUAAAGUAUAAACUACUAGAAUCCGAAAUCAGAGUUUAGUCAAAUUUCAAACUAAUCAUAAAUAGGAUUCGGUAAUAAAUAUUACUGCAAAACAAAUUAUCGUUAAUCAACAUAAUAUUAUGUUUAAUAUCAUAUCAUGAUUUACAGCAAAAUAAAAGUUAUUCAUAAAAUCAAAAUGAGGUGUUGCAGAACCUGUUUAGGUGAAGGAAAAGAAAUGAAACAUAUUCAUACCAUAAUUUAUAUUGCUGGAAACGACGUUCGUCUAUCUGAUAUUUUAUUAAAUUUUUAUAAUUAUAAGGUUGAAAAAAUGUUGCCUGAAUAUAUUUGUAUUAAUUGUGUAUACCAACUAACUAUCACAUAUUCAUUUAAAAUAUUACUCGAAUCAAGUACAAAAAAGUUGAUGGAAAAAAUGACUUACAUGGAGUCAGAGAGUGAUAAUAAUGACGAUUAUUUUGCACCAGAUGAAAAGGAAUUUAGUGAACAAGACAUAAAACCAAAAAUUAAAACAAAUAAUAUAGAAAUUGAACCAUCGGUUGACCUUUUUUGUGUUGAAUGCAAAGCAAUGUUCAGUUCUUCUAAGUCACUAUAUGAACAUUGUAUGAAAACACAUCCUAUCAAAAACACAGUCGGUAGAGCUUGUGAGUAUUGCUGUGAAAAAUUUGAAGACUUUCGAUCAUUGAUCAUGCAUAGAAAGCUCCAUUUGCGACCUUUCAUCUGUGAAAAUUGUUGGGUGGGGUUCUACCGACAAGAUGACAUAAUCGGUCAUCACUGUCAGCCUAGUCCCCAUAAGUCUAAAGAUAACACAGACAAAAAGCUUUUACGACAGUGUGAUCAGUGUGGAAAGUCAUAUCCUCCCGGCUACAUAAGAAUACAUAUGUUAACUCAUGGUAGUAAUCGGGCCUACAGUUGCAAAUAUUGUCCCAAAAAAUUCAAAGUACCGGGUAGUCUCAAUUCUCAUAUACUAUGGAAUCAUAAAAGAACAAGAAAUCAUAGAUGUGAAGUGUGCAAUGCUACUUUUAUAACAUCUAGUUCUAGAAGUUCACAUAUAAGGAAAAAUCACUUGAAAGAAACAAAAUACUCUUGUGAAACUUGUGGAAAGCGUUUCUUCUCUAAAUCAGAACUGCAGAGACAUUCUCUGACUCACACGGGAGUUAAGAACUUCCACUGCCAUUUGUGUGAUAAGUCCUAUCAAACUCGCUACGGACUAAAUGUUCAUUUGAAAUCUCAUCCACAGCCUGUAUUAUUGAGUCUCUAACUAUAAAUAAGUACAAAGUAUUUUAUUAAUGAUCUCAUUACUAUCUGGUAUUUAAUAAAAUAAAAUGUAGCCACAAAACUA